GAGGUAUAAACACACAGUAAGAAAACCCUAAACUGGAGAAUUCUCUACGUUUCCUGGAGCAAGGCCAGCCCAAGUGGUCACACUCAGCGACCCCACCACUCCGCCUUCGCCUGUCUCUUUAAGAACCCGAGGCUCCCCCUCGGGAGAAGGGCGGGAGGGAGCGGGCUCCGCGCGCCGCCGCCCGCAGGUGUCUCUGGGAGCUGCUGUCUCUUUAAGGGGGCGGGGCUCUUCCCGGAGGAGGCGGGGAAGCCCCGCCCCCCGGAUCUCCGGCUUCCGGCAACUGGGUGGGACCGAAACCGGCGCGGAGCAACUGAGGCCCGAGCCUUCCCGGGACUCGGGGUACGCCUAACCCCGCGAGAUGAGGAAACUGAGGCCGCGAGGAGCGCGCACACAGCAGAGAAGCAGCAGAAUCGGGAAUCAAACCCAGCUCUCUCUGACCCCAGAGCCUGUGCCCUUAACCACUGGCCAGGCUGAACUGCCUUUGUUCUUCACUGUCCCCAUCACCUCUUUCAAACGUCAGCCUCUCCUUCCUCAUCGUUACAUCUCUAGGCUGCACCUGGUCUCUAAACAUUCACACAACCCUUGCAAAUUUUCUUCCUCGUAACUGGGAGAAGACUCACUGGCUGAAUGGCAGCAGUAGAUGACUUGCAAUUUGAAGAAUUUGGCAAUGCAGCCACUUCUCUGACAGCAAACCCAGAUGCCACCACAGUAAACAUUGAGGAUCCUGGUGAAACCCCAAAACAUCAGCGAGGAUCCCCAGGAGGCUCAGGAAGAGAAGAAGAUGAUGAGUUACUGGGAAAUGAUGACUCUGACAAAACUGAGUUACUUGCUGGACAGAAGAAAAGCUCCCCCUUCUGGACAUUUGAAUACUACCAAACAUUCUUUGAUGUGGACACCUACCAGGUCUUUGACAGAAUUAAAGGAUCUCUUUUGCCAAUACCCGGGAAAAACUUUGUGAGGUUAUAUAUCCGCAGUAAUCCCGAUCUCUAUGGCCCCUUUUGGAUAUGUGCCACGUUGGUCUUUGCCAUAGCAAUUAGUGGGAAUCUUUCCAACUUCUUGAUCCAUCUGGGAGAGAAGACGUACCAUUAUGUGCCCGAAUUCCGAAAAGUGUCCAUAGCAGCCACCAUCAUCUAUGCCUAUGCCUGGCUGGUUCCUCUCGCACUCUGGGGUUUCCUCAUGUGGAGAAACAGCAAAGUUAUGAACAUCGUCUCCUAUUCAUUUCUGGAGAUUGUGUGUGUCUAUGGAUAUUCCCUCUUCAUUUAUAUCCCCACCGCAAUACUGUGGAUUAUCCCCCAGAAAGCUGUUCGUUGGAUUCUAGUCGUGAUUGCCCUGGGCAUCUCAGGAUCUGUCUUGGCAAUGACAUUUUGGCCAGCUGUUCGUGAGGAUAACCGACGCGUUGCAUUGGCCACAGUUGUGACAAUUGUGUUGCUUCAUAUGCUGCUUUCUGUGGGCUGCUUGGCAUACUUUUUUGAUGCACCAGAGAUGGACCAUCUCCCAACAAUUAUAGCUACUCCAAACCAAACAGUUGCUGCAGCCAAGUCCAGCUAAUGAGGAAAGACUCACUUGAGAUACCCUCUCCUUCUGAAGUUUUUCUUGACUUCUCCAGGUAGUAUUACUUAUUUUCUUUUCUGUGCUCUUCUCCAGGUCUCGUAUGUUCUUCUAUUAUGGCAGUUUGCUUAUUCACUGUAACUUCAUAGACUGAGAGUUCCUUGAAGGCAGAGCUUUAUUUACCAAUAUAGCUCCCUAGCACCCAGCAGAUACUUGGAGAAAGCUUCAUUUGAACAAGUUGUUAGGCCAGUCACAUAGCAUCAAAACUUUCCUGGAUUUAUGUGGCAGGUUACUUGGGAAAUCUUUACUUGUUCAUUCAUGGAAGUUCUACUCUGUGCUGGUGAACAACGGAGAUCAGCCCUUACCCUCCCAGAUUCUAUACUCCAGUUUUACAUCUCAUGUGCCACACAGACGAGAAGGCCCUUUUACAUUAAAGAGAGAAUCAUGAUUAUGGGAACUUCUGAUUGGAACAUCCCAGAUCAGACAGUGGUGACAUUGGAAGGUUUGGCUGCAGGGCUGAGGCAAGGAAAGGGACAGAGGAUGCCCAUGCGAUAGUGCAGCCACCCAAGAUGGGCCAAAAGUGGUCAAGAGUCAGGUCUUAGGCCAAGAGGUGGUAGAGGCAGUCCUCAAGAGGUAAGGAAGUGCUGGCUGAUGGUGACAUUGGGAACCAACUUUGGC